GGUGAGUUAAGAAACCAAUAUCAGCGACACUGAAGGUCUGUCCUAAGAAAGAAAUGUACAGGAAAGACUGAGUAACUGGGUAUCACUUGGUAGAUUGAUACUGCCAGAUGUACUGAGUUUCUCCAGCAUUUUGUUUCAGAUCUCCAGUAUCCACAGUUGAUGUUUGAAUUGGUGGGGAGCCUAGAUGGUGGUUUCUCGUGUAGCCUGAAUCAUGGCUGCAAAUGGCACAAAUUCUGGCUCAGCAAGCAGCCAUACAACAAAAUCACAACUUGGAAUAAAAGUCAUUUGCGCAAAGCUGAAGGAAAAUAAGAAGAACUGGUUUGGACCCAGUCCCUAUGUGGAAGUGGCAGUUGAUGGCCAGUCAAAGAAAACUGAGAAGCUUACCAAUACACACAACCCCAAAUGGAAGCAGCAUGUCACAGUGAUUGUAACACCAUUCAGCAUGAUCACGUUCAAAGUUUGGAGUCAUCAAACACUAAAAUCGGAUGUUCUCCUUGGUUGUGCCACUCUGGAUGUCUGUGAGACAUUAAAGUCGAAUAACAUGAAAUUUGAUGGUGUGGUUAUAAAGUUGCCACUCACAAAUGAACGAGACAUUGUGGAUGGGGCAGGCGAGCUUAUUGUGUCCUUGGAUGGGUUAACUGUAGAUCCGGAAGUCUUAAUUAAUGGCAACCCUGCAGCUGCAAGAAGUAACUCCCCAAAUAAGAGUUCCAGGUGUGGCACUGAGGCGUACAUACUAAACCCAUCAAGUGCAAACGGGGAUGCCGUUUCUCAAGAAGGUUCAUCAGAAAUGAGGUCUGCUGAUGAGUGCAGCAUGAAUGGCAAAAGUACACCAUCACCAUCUCCAAAACCACCAAAGCCAGUGAGACCUCCAAGACCUUCACGACCUCCACCUGCCGUUCCAUCCAGACCUGUCAGCACAGCAGCCUGUGAAAAUGGAUAUCCAGUUCCCUUAGAGAAUGGCCCUUCUUCUACAAUUCCACCUACGAUCAACACUGUUCCUGCAGCUGUAGCAACGAGUGAACCGGAUGCAUCACCCAGUAAUGGUGCAGUACCACUAAAUGCAUCCAUUUCUCCUGGUGACAGAACAUUAAAUACAGUGAACAAGGGUCCACUUCCACCUGGCUGGGAGCAGAGGGUUGAUCAGCAUGGCAGAUUGUAUUUUGUAGAUCACAUUGAAAAACGAACAACGUGGGAAAGACCACAGCCAUUGCCUCCAGGCUGGGAACGGAGGGUUGAUGAGAGGCACAGGAUUUAUUAUGUUGACCACAUUACCAGGACAACCACAUGGCAGCGGCCCACAGUGGAGUCAGUCAGGAACUUUGAGCAGUGGCAGUCACAGCGAAAUCAGCUUCAGGGAGCCAUGCAGCAGUUCAACCAGAGGUUUAUUUAUUCGUAUCCUGAACAGGUGGUGCCAACUGAAUUUGACCCACUUGGCCCCUUGCCAACUGGAUGGGAAAAGAGAACAGACAGUAAUGGUCGAAUGUAUUUUGUAAACCACUUAACACGUACCACUCAGUGGGAAGAUCCUCGGACAGAGGGCACUCUCAAUGAGAAACCCUUACCAGAUGGAUGGGAAAUGCGCUUUACAGUUGAUGGUGUUCCAUACUUUGUAGAUCAUAACAGACGAACAACAACUUACAUUGACCCACGCACUGGAAAGUCAGCACUGUCAAAUGGUCCAAACAUAGCAUAUGUGCGUGAUUUCAGAUCCAAAGUUUCUUCUUUCAGGUUCUGGUGUCAGCAACUGGCUGCACCUCAGCACAUCAAAAUAACCGUGACGAGGAAAACCUUGUUUGAGGACUCAUUUCAGCAGAUUAUGAGCUUCAACCCUCAAGAUUUACGAAGACGAUUGUGGAUCAUUUUUCCAGGAGAGGAAGGCUUAGAUUAUGGAGGUGUAGCGAGUUCUGAUUUUUUUUUUAAAACCAUCUUUCCCUGUAGUUUUAAUCGUCUGGAUUUGCCACCAUACAAGAGCUUUGAGCAACUGAAGGAAAAGCUGUUGUUUGCAAUUGAAGAAACUGAAGGUUUUGGACAAGAGUAACUACUGUAUAAUAAUGUCGGGAGAGAGUAUUGUGCUGUCAUUUGAAAGAGAUUCUGUAAAGGAGGAAUGCAUUACACUACCUGUGCUUUACUUUCCAGUAGACAUCUGUUUAUCCAGGCACGUCAGGGCUGUUUAUUUGUUUUGGAAAUCCUGUGAGGAAUGGCUGAAAAGCGUUUGUCUUGCCUUUUGAAACUCUGUCUUUACAAGCUGGAGAACUUAAUAUAAUGAGGAAAUUGUACAUGCUUAAAUAGAAUUAAUAUGCUGUAAUGAACAGUUUAAAACUAGUACGUUCAUUUCUGUUGUACAUGUAGGAGCAGCCAGGCUGAUAUUCCACUUUAGACAUAAGAAUACAGUUGGCUGCUGUUGAUAAUGUAGAGAUGGUUGGGAAUGGGCUUCCUGAAAUUAAUAGCAUCUUACAAUUGGCGAUGAGGCAGAGCUGGAAUUACAGAGCUGCUCACCGUACAUAGAUUCCAUUGUUGAGCUAAGAAACAAACCUAGAUUGUGUAUAUCCCUCCUAUACUUUUAUUUCCCCAUUUUUGUUUCCUGUUCGUACCAUGUUAAUUGUGUCCUCAUGGCCCCCUGCAGCAGUCUCCUCUCUUCCACGUGCCCCCCACCCCACCUGCCCCUCAAUUCAGUCCUUGUCUUUACUAAAAGAUGUAUUCAUAUUUCGUUUUAAAGAUUAAUUUAAGUGCAUCUCAAUGGAUUAAUUUAAUUCAAUUUUUUAAUUUAAGCAAGUGCAGUGAACUUCAGGGAGUCCUUACCUUGUGGCAAAGUUGUUUUAUUAAAGUUUUUUCCAGCAUUAUUGAUACUUGAAAGAUAGGUGCAGGCUACUGUUUGGUGAACAGAUGUCUACUCUACCUUUGCACCUUGCAUUAAUUAUCUUUUAAGCAGUCUGUUAGAAAACCUUGUGUCAGUAGUGCUCAUUAUCCCAGAUAUACUCUUCCUCCUCUGUACAAAGGGUAGCUAAAAAACAGAGGCUUUUGCCCUAUAUUUUUAAAGGACUGAGAUAUGUAGAUCAAUCAUAGCUCUAGUUUUAUAGAGCUUGAUUGGAAAAUAUUUUUGUGUUAUCUGUGCUGACACCUCUGAUUCAGGAAGGACUGCUGUAUAAUAAUAUGUUUUGUUUUUGGUUAGAGGUUGAACUUUUCCCAUGUGCACCCCACACCCCACACCCCUCCCCCCACCCCGGAACAACUUUGUAUUCAACUUCUGAGGAUGUUUUAAAGUGUCCCCACCCCACCCAAUCCCCAUAUUCAGUUUGAACCUGUAGCACUCCAGGGCCACCUUGAUCUAUGUACUUCUUACCUUGUUUUUGCAAAUAAAUCGGUGUAAGUUUCCAAGAUAGGCGAGGGACACAAAACAAAAUUUAAAAAGUAUAGUGGAAUAGAAUGGUAGUUUAAAAGAAUAGUAACAUUCAAAAGAACAUUUUUAGUGAAUAAGCACCCUGUAUGACCAGGACCAGCUGUAUAGAAUUUUUUAUAAUCCUCUUUUGACCACUAGUGUUUGCUUCAUAUAUCUAUUUGUGAAAGGGUUUUACUUUGUAAAAACCUUCCCAUAGCGGUCCCUGGAUAUGAGUUCUCAAAUAGACCCAUAUCAUUUGGGAGACUCCCUUUAAUUGUCCUAUCAUUUCCCUGUUACUACUUAGUGUCCCGUUCUUACUCCCAAUUUAGAAUCUAGUGUUCAUCCAUUUGUGACCAAACGAAAUGUAAGUGAAUUUCGCUCAGGCUUUCUUUCUGGAAAAGAAAACAAAUUUAUAACUUAGCUGAGAAAUCAUCCCCAAAAUCGCCUCCAGCUGUUUGGGCUACAGAUUAUAUUUCUAUUCCAAGUUUUUUUGUUUAUAAUCUAACUUGUUAUAAUUUAUGCUGGUACCAACAAGGGUACAGUAAAGACCUCAGCCAAGAGGCUUGUUUCUGGUCACCAUCUAAUACGACCCUGUUGAAAUUGUUGGGAGGUGCAUUUGGGUGAGGACAACACUAAGCUUGGCAAAAAACACAUUCUCUAAGCCAACACAUGCGUUGCAGUUUGGGAUGGUUGAUGCCCAUGGGUCUAUACCCCAGAAUAAGUUGGUGGUUUGAGGAAAGGACAAAGAAGAAAAGAAUCUUAUAUUUCAACGGUAUCGACUGUUAACUGAAUAGACAUAGCAAAUUAUUCAAGAGGCUUUGGUACAGAUUAGUUUGAAAAUUUGAUUGCAACUUCCAAAGAUUCACUAAGUCUGUCUAUUCUGGGGCAGGUUUAGCCUUUUGCAAUAUAAAGCAAAAAUAAGAAAGGUCUAUGUGGUUUACUUCCAGCUAUUGCCUAUGGACUGAAAUUCAUAGUUGAAGUCACUCCAUCAGGAUCGAAUAUAUAAAAUAGUAUAUACUCUCUCGGUUACUCAGACUCCAACGUUUCUUCCCUGGUUGAAUCAUGUCAACCAGAAGUUGCUGCUGCAAUAAUCGGUUUAUGCUGACUUUGUUACUCUUCACAGAUUAACAAUUUUGUUUAGCAGUUAACAAAACACUCUGGGAUAGCAAGAGGCAAUUCACCUGGAAUCCUGCUGUCGAUUAGUAUUCUGUGAAUCAUGCUAGAAAGUGUUUGUUGAGAUCUUUUGAGGGCUAGACUGAAUCUGGUUUUGAUGUACACCGUACUUGAAUUGACCCUGAACGCCUGCUGUCUAAGCUCAGGUGAAGUCCAACUGUUUGGGUUAGAACUGGAGCUAGUGCAACUACUCCAGCAAGAGUCAGUACUUUCAGGAUAGGGUGAGAAGACAAUGAGGUGAGGACACUUGGCAACCUGACUUAUUUUUAACACAACCUAUUCUUAAGCUAAGAUGUAUUUGUAAUAUAUUUUCAGGAUUUAUCAAUAGAUAUUAAUUAUGUAUAUAGAGUAUCAGAGUUUGGUAGUGUUUUGUUUUUUGCUAAAACCUGCCAAUUUUAGAAAGUUUGGACUUCAGUUUGCAUUUGUAAGUAAUCACUGAGUUUCCAGUUUUAAGCUUGGUGUUGGAGCAUCCCAGUUGCCAUGUUAAUAGAUGCAUGUUCCUGUUUAAACUAUGGGAAUUGGUAAGUCUCAAGUUUGUUAAUCCAUGUUGGAGUUGAGUACUUGGUCUUUGAACUUCUGCUAAGAGAGAAAAUUCAGUACAUGUUCCUGAUUGUUCGUCCAUUAAAAUCCCAUACUUGACAGUGCACACAUGGCCUUUGGAUGGGAGCAAGACCUGUACGUCCUCCACAGUUUGCAGUUUCCACACGUACACAGCACCUGUGGAACUAUAUGCCAGCAUGAGUCAGCUUGAGAGUUAGCAUUCUUAGUUUUAAAGCUAUGCAAACUAUGUGGAGGUUGCUUAAACAAACUUGGGAAAGCAAGGACUUAUUACUGUACUACAGUUGGCCAGAAUAGACCAAUAGGCUUGCAAUGAGAAUUCCCUCAUCGUCAUCUAGCUAAACUGCAUGUCAGGUAUCUUGGUUUGAGUGUUCUUUGCUCUGGGGACCUCUUGUAUCAAGCAAAACAGGUCUCCUCUCAUUGAUUUGUAACAUUCUGUUAGAUGGAUGUUGGGAAUGGAUUUCAGUGCAUGAUUGUCACCUGAAUGACCAGAAAGAAUCUCAUUUCAAGAGCUUGUAUUGUCUUUGGUGAAUCUGUUUUUAUGAGAUGCAUGUCAGCUUGAAUCCUUUGUGAGCCUAUUAGCAGAAAGUAUAUUUUUCAGGUAGGAGAGGGAAUCUCUGACUUGAGCAAAAUGUUACAGCCCUUGUAAAAGCAGUUUUUGUUACUGUUUAACAUAGUCUCGGUAAUCUUGUGUGAUUAUUGAUCACAAUGGCUUGAAUACUGAUGAUAAUUGAACACCUGUAGUUUAUUGCAACACAAAUAAUACAUUUAUCUCCCAGUAAAUGUGAAUAAACAAUUGCAGGAAGAUUUUGGGUUGCAAGGACUGUGCUGCACAACACUUCUGCUUUAUUUUUGCUGUGUUCCUUGCCACUAGCUUGUUACAAGUACAGUUUCCUCUAAAUAGAUGAAUGGCAGUCUUGCGUUGUGCAUUUCCCUGGAGCUCUGCUGACCAACAAGUGGAAGCAAGAUGGUAAAGAACUUUGUUCCAGUCCUGUUUGCUAACCUUCCUUCUCGCCAUCCCUCGCUGUUUUCUUUGAAAAGCAAUGUACUGUCCAUGCUUUUCUCUGAUGCAUUCUUUUUGUUGUGCAGCCUCUAACUGAGUCUUAACUUUUAACGAUGUAGUGUACAGAUCCAUUCAAACGGCGCCUCCCCCUAACCUUUUUCAGAAGCAAGAAAUUUAACGCUUGUGUUAACAACAGCUUCCCUUGGUGUUUCUCUUUUUAGCCUAACCAGAAAACUGCAACCAAAAAUCUACACUUCCAUAGGAUAAUUUAUUGAUGUGUGUUAAAGCAAACUUACUGCAAAACGAUGCUGCUUAACGCCAUAUCUUUUGAAUUGUGGAGCAGGAUGUGCUGAUUCAGCUUCCGAAAUGCUGAUCAAGCAGCAGCCUAGAUGUCGGUCUAAACUUUCUCAAAUUAGUGGGAGGAAGUACUUUAGUUGACAUUGAUUAUCACUAGGGGUUUAGACCCAUCCGUUCCAUCUUGAUAACUCAAUCCAGUCCCCACAAAGUAAGUUAUUUUUUAAAUGGAACUAAGAUUAAUACAAUGCAAGAAACUAAUUAACCAUGACCACAUUUCCCACAUACCUUGUGUAAAAUUGCUUUCCUACAAUAUUAGCACUUCUGGUUGGUUAAUGUCUGCCUGACACAUUUGGAAUAUUGGGGGUUAUAACUGAGGCAGUCCUCCAGCUUUGCUGCAGGGGCAAGGGAAGCAAAUUUUUCUGUCAGCUUUAUAGGCUUGGUCAAAAACAGCAUACACUUUGAGCAUUUCAUCAGAAUUAAACUGUAAUCUGUUUUCAACGGACACACAGGAAGCAUAAUAUUUUUCUCAUUCUGCUAAGUUAAUCUACGUGAACGUAAAUUGUGUUUAAAAUCAUGCCUUCCCCGUCCCCCCACCCAUUUCUUACCAUGCUUUGUCUGUGCAGCUCAUUACAUUGUCUUCCACCCACCUCCCCCACAAAAAAAACUUAAAGACGGUUUGUAAAGAGGCCGUGAUUAUAGCCGUCAAUGAUUCAGUUGAUAAAGGAUGCGCAUGAUUAAUCAUGGAGUGUACAAUAUUUGACUCCUGGUAUUUGCCAAGUUUGCUGAUUUUUGUUUUGUUGUUGUGCUGCCAUAAUUGUCCUCUGUAUCCUGGCCAACAGAAAUGCAAAAUUGCCUGAAGGUGCUAAAACUUGAAUGUGUAUCCUGCUGAAAUUGCAUUUGAUAGGGACUGAGUCCCUAAGAAUGGCCUGGGGCUGGUGUGUAAGAGGUCUGCAGAACUGCAUCUUGGCGAAUGUCAAAAUUUUUAAGAGGAAAGAAGGGUAAACGUUGACAGACAGCAGCAAUAUAUUAGAACUGGGAUUCAUAGCAAGUGUUUGUGUCAAAUCAUGAGGGGAGAGAAGGAAAACUACUGAAUGUCCGCUUCUUUAUUCAGGAAAUAACUGGAAUCUGGAGCCAUGGGUGCUGCACUUUGUUUAGAUUUACAUAUAAUGAACUUAUCCACUGUGAUAUUAAAAGGAAACCAGAUACUUUGACAUCUGAUGAUUUUAAAAUGAUUUCUGGGCAAGAUAAAGAUGAAACCUAGCUAAUUAUCCAAUGGUAAUGGCUUACGUUUUUCAAAACAAAACACAUUAUGAAGUAUGCUGUUUUUUGCCCCUUUUCCUGAAAGUGGGUGAAUUGGAAGGAGGCAACUGAUUUCUUUACUUUCCUCUUCCUCUCCUCCCUCACCAUAAUUGCACUGCACUAAAACCAGAAAAUGUAAGCAAAAUACAUCUAAAAGAAUUUGAAAUUUGUUUCUGUCUGGGACAUGUCAUUUACCAAUUUGGUAGUCCUCAUUUCAGUUGUCAAACAUGACUGAAAAUUUCUGAUACUACCUUGAUGGGCAACCCGUGUUACAUUCACAAACAGGAGUUGCUGAUGGUAUUCUAUUCAUGCUUCCUUCAUCCUUUUGAUUGGAGUGCUAAAUCUGUCACAUUAUUGGUGACCACAUUGAUGUUGAGAAACAUUGUUGGAAUUAACCCAUGGUACAAUGUAACACAACACUUUAUAUAAAUGCAAAAUAACAGAGCAACUUUUAUUCAAUAGAAAACUGCAGUUUUCCUGUGAAGCCUCGCUCUUUAAGUCACCUAUUCAUAAGAAUAUUUUCUUUAUCGUUGCCAUCCAAGUACUUACCCACUGUCUACAUUUUCAGAGAGGCAGCUUAGAGCUGGGAGUCAUGUCAACCAAAGACCAAACACUUCAUUCCAUCUUUCUUGGUCUGCUGCCAUUCUCACUGUCCUCAGCAUAUCUUCCUUCAUGUCCAACUUUGAUACAGGGAAAUAAAUUCCAUUGCAGCAUUAUACUCUCAUGGAUUGUUGUAAUGUCACAUCAAGCUUUCAUAAAUCCAUUGGAUAACAGCUGCGUAGAAUUCUUUCACUCAUGCCCUCCGAACAAGCAACCCAAUGUUAUAUAAAAGGCACUGAUGUUAAUUUGAUUUCAAAUAGUGUUUUUGGUAUUUUCCAUAAGUAGCAUUUGAAAUAUUUCCAAUAAAUUCCAUAGGAAGUUUGGAUAUUAUUUCUGAGGCUGCAACAUAAUUUAAAGAAAUCUGGGUAAUUUCUCAGACCUUUUGGGCUUUCUAUAUCGUGUCUAAUUUCCAUUGUAUGAUAUCUAAGGAUUGUAAAUCAUGUUAAUAUUUCUGUGUUUAAUUCUUUUGUAAAGCUGAAUUGUUCCAGAAAUGGGUUAAGGCAACUAAGAUAAUUCUGGCCACUUGGCAAAAGCUUCAUACCUGUUUAUCUCUGUAAAAAUAGUUAACAUUGUAAAAAAAAAUAAAAAGCUUCUCUUUAAAGCUGUGCAGACAACAA